AUGUCAGCCAUUGGAUCUUUGGUAUUUUGCUCUGAAUGCGGAAAUCUUUUAGAAAGUACUACGGCACAAUGGACGACCUGUGAUCAAUGUCAAUCUGUUUAUCCCUCUUCGCAAUUUGCAAAUUUGGCUGUCGAAACAAAGAGUGGACCCAAUGCAUUUCCUUCUGCUUUGAAAUUAAAACAUAGCAUUGUCCAAGUGGAUACACAAAAGGAGGAGGCUGCAACGAUUGACGAAAAGUGUCCUAAAUGCGGUAACGAUCAAAUGACUUUCCAUACCCUACAAUUACGAAGUGCUGAUGAAGGCUCCACUGUCUUUUAUGAAUGUCCUAGGUGUGGUUACAAGUUCAGCACGAAUAAUUAA